UUUUGAUUCCAGCGAGCAUCCGGCAAUCGCAUCAAAAGUGUGUUUUUCUUUUCGUGAUGGCCCCCGAAGGCCAAGGUCCCAGAAACACGACAGAGACCGAAACCGAAGCUGACGCAGCGAGCUCCGCAGCGCGUGGCAGGCGGGCGAACAACGCGUGUACGCGAUGCCGUGAGCGCAAGGUCAAGUGCUCGGGCUCGUUUCCGUGCGCCAACUGCCUGCGCAAGUCGGUCGAGUGUGUGUUCGACAAGGAGGAUCGGAAAGUCGUGGUGUCUGAAAGGUUUCUCAAUGACUUGAAGCGUAAAUCCGGUUACGGACUUGACCGAGAACAUGCGGCGCCGACGCCGAAGCGGACACGAUACCGCCCAUCAGCCUCGCCAGGCGACCACUGUGACCAUGAUGGGACUGUUGAUGCUCACGAGUCAUCGACAGCAGCCCCGGUCGAUGGUGAGCACCAGGGUACGGUCGAUGACGGCGGCACGACCGUCGUUGGCGGCGAAGUCGACAAUGAAGAACCUCGCGGUCUCUUGUCAACCAUGAGGAACCCCCUGGCAAGCGGCCCUUCAAAGUUCGUCACCGACGCAUCGGGACGACGGCGUGAGUUUUCGACAGCCAGACGCCGUGCAAUUUCUGGUUGCAUUCUUACCGUUACCUGUGUGUGCUAGGAU